AUGGCAUCAAAUGACAGUGCCGGGCCUCCGUCUUAUGCCGCGGGCUUCGAUGAGCCAGAGGCCGUGCUGCUGGAACUAGCAGCUGACAACAGUCAAGAUGAGCUUGAGCUCUCUAGUAAAGAGCAGUUGUUAUUGCGUCUUUACGACCAAAUACAGGAAUUAGACCUCGAACAAGCCGUGCUAGAGCAAGGUAUGGGGCUCUUUGGCGAUUUGCUGUACCUUGGAAUUCCACUGAUGGCGCAUUCAGACCCAGAACAGCCUAGGAACGAAAAUGUGGAUGAGCAGCUUCGCGUGGCAGAGCGAGAGCUGUUAGAGGCUCGCGCGACUUACACUGUCAGGAGGAGAGCAAUCGAAUCAGUUCUCAUGACCGACCCGAUCCUCAAGGCCGUACACUUAAGGGCAUCCACACCCGCGGAAAGGGCUCUUCUUCCUCUCAUCAACCGUCGUGACUUACUCUCGCUAAUCUACGAAAAUCUGUCUAAUGCGCAAGCAGCUAUACUGGAGACACGUUCGAAUGCGGAAGUGGACAAUAUACGCGCGACAAAGCUAAACCAGGAACUCGCGCGCCAGCUCCUGGGCUUGACGGCAAAAGGGGAAUCGUGGCGCGAUGAUGUCAAAGAUAACACUCUACAGUCUCAGAUAGAAGAGACUGAGCAGCAACAUAAGAAAGCUCGAUCCCAAUGGGAUAUCAUGAAAAACAUCGUUAGCGCAGUCAUUGUAAGCAGCGGAGUCGACUGGGCGCGCGACGACAGACUACGCGAACUAGUGUUGGAUGAGCUAGACUGA